GUGGUGAUCAUGACAUGGUAAGGUCUGGUAAUGAUGACAGUGGUGAUCAUGACAUGGUAAUGAUGACAGUAGUGGUCAUGACGUGGUAAGGUCUGCUAAUGAUGACAGUGGUGAUCAUGACAUGGUAAUGAUGACAGUAGUGGUCAUGAUGUGGUAAGGUCUGGUAAUGAUGACAGUGGUGAUCAUGACAUGGUAAUGAUGACAGUGGUGAUGGUCAUGAUAUCAUAUGAUAGUGUGGUGAUCAUGACAUGGUAAUGACAACAAUGGUAAUCAUGAGUCUCACGACAUGGUACAAUGACAGUGGUGCAUGAUGGUGGUGGUCAUGACAUGAUAAUAGUGGUGUGAUGGUGACAGUGAUGAUGAUAAAUUAAUGAUGACAGUGGUGGUGGUGCCAACUACUGUACGAUGGUGAUUUUUCCUUUCUUUCCUUGUUCCCCAAAAAGAUUUCACCAUGAUGGUAAAGAUGGUGGUAGUGAUAGUAGUGAUGGUAAUAAAGGCGAUAAUCGCUGUUAAAUUAAUAUAUUAUAACAAUAUAUAAACAUAGAUAUCAAUUCAAUUUAGUAUUAAUUUACCGUAACUUGAGACAAUCCAUCAUCUUUAUUCGAAGCAUCACAACAAAUAAAUUCUCUUAUAACUCCUAAAUCUUUCUCAUACUUCAAAACAUCCUUGCAAUCUGAUACCAACGACACACUAACAGUACUUUGCUCUCCAUGCCAUGAAUUUGAACCAGUAAUAUGCACCCCAAAAUUUCCACUAAAAACUCUUAAAUAUCCAAAAUUAUUUACUUUUUGAGACCAUAGGGGGAUAACCGAACAAUUCGGUACAUUCUGUACAAGCGUAGAGCUUAAAUAACGUAGAGAAUAGCCUAAAUUGUUUAAAGAAAGUUUAAGAAUUUGGGUUCUAUUUUUAAAACGUGCCGCCAUUUUGUCGGGGCGACAAAGUUGGAGGCUUGGACGCUAGUCGAAAAUUCAAGAUGGCGGAUCCUCAGCUAGAUCAAGAUUUAAGAAAGGUUCAUUUUCAAUUUAAAAAUUUAGCAUUUUUAUUUUAAUUACCUCCACUAAUGGAGGUAAUUAAAAUACAGGACCUAAUGUUCUCUUCUGGGCAGGAAUCGGUGUACAUACUCUAAUAUUUUAUUAAUUAUAGGCCUUUCAAGAUCUACAACAAUUGAUGCAAGAAUCGACCCAAAAAAUAAAGAUAUCAGAAGUUCAAAUUGAGCAUCUGAGAGGCGCCAUAACUCGAGCAAGACUGACCGAAAAAGAACUGGAUGUUUUGCCACCCGAGACCCGAACGUACGAGUCUGUUGGACGAAUGUAAGACCUUUUAUAUAUGUUGUUUGAUAUUAAUAGUGGUAUUUAAAUUGCCUAAUUGGUAUCUGAUUUGCUUUUUGUUUUGUGACGAAUUACCAAUUUAGGUUCUUAUAUCAGCCAAUCAAAACAGUCCAAGAAAAUCUGCAAGAAAAAAUAAGAGUAACGGAUUCCAAAGUGAAGACAAUUGAGGUACAAUAAUGGUCAAACGGGGAUCGACAUGAGAGUUGGCAAGCGAGAGUUUUUUUUGCAUGAGAGCUUUUUAACUCCAGUCAAAUGAAAACAAGAGUUGCAUGAGACGUGACUGGACAGCGUUCGUAGUGGUCUUUAAAUUUGAAUGCAGGUCUUUAAGGUCUUUGAAAAGUCUUUGAAUUGUGUGAAAAAGCGAAGAAAGUCUUUAAAAGUCUUGAAAAUUCUUUAGUGAGUAUUUGAUUAUACAUUUUCCUAGCUAAUAAAAUAGAUUGAUUGAAGAGCAAGCAAGGUUUUCGCAAAUAUCGACGAAAAGGUACAUUUUUAGAUGUGAUGUGGCGGGACUUACACACUCGCAAUUUUUCGACAGCUGAUUGCUCUCAAAGGUCUUUGAAAAGUCUUUGAAAAUAGGCAGAAAAAAUCUUUGAAAGUCUUUGAAUAUUUUUGGUCUUGGAGACUACGAACCCUGCUGGAUAUUAUCACGUGUAGCAAAUAUUCUCCGUCACUAGCUUAGUAGUUCUCGUCAAAAUUUGAACCCGCGAGUUUAUCACCGAUUAGAUAAUCUAUGUCUAUGAUGUACAUUGCGAUGAUUGAAGAUUAAUCUCAUGAAUGUUUUUCUCAAUUUAGGGGAAUAAAGAACAUUUGGAGAACAAGAUUAAAGAACAUGAAAAUAAUAUAAGAGAAAUGUUAACUGCCAGGCAUAAAUAAACUAUUUCAACAUGAAAUGUUUGUGUCUUUUUAUUUCCUUUCUGUAAAGGUCAAUUUGCACUACACAAUUAAGUUUUGCCUACAAAUGUGGCACCCUCCAUGGAAGAGCCUCAAGCUUGUAACCUGGUCAUUUCUAGGGCCCUUCUAGGGCUGCACCAGAUAGAACUUUUUGCUAUCCGGCUGGAUUUCAGUAUGUUUGAUAGUUAUCAGUAUAUCACUAUGAUAGAUUUCACUAUGUUGGACAGCAUCCGGCCGGACACUGUUGAUAUAAGAUUUAGACAUUAAUUUAAGAUAAAUAAUUAUUUUAAUUGGUUAUAAAAUGAGGGUGUUUAUAAUACUUUGACUUGAAAAAAAACCUUGAAAUCAUACGAAACUGUAGAGCACAAGUUUCAUUGAGGACCACGCAUGAACAACUGAUUGCUCUAUAACCUGGAGUGGAUCACGACGGUAAUACUAUUGUUUAGUUGCUCACAUUUACUGCUUUUAUCAAUGUCACCAUUUGAGUGUCCUGGCCAAGUCUGGGAAGAUUGUAGAUUCAAAAAUAAGGCGUGGGCGUAAUCAAGCUGCUGCAGUUUGUUACUUUGUCACAAUCUCGUACCCAGAGUAUGCCCGUUCACCUAACCUGCGAACGGGCAUACUCUGGGCAAGAGAUUGACUUUGUCAUUGCUGCACUGAGUUGCAAGGCGGGGAUGCAGUCUUAGUUCCCAUACAGUUUAUGUCUGAGCUACCUGAAAACGAUUGAACACAUUUCGACGAAUCAAACGAAGAGUCUUCGUGAAGACGCUGGUAUAGUUUAGAUAAAGUGAACCUCCAACCUUUAAGAAAAGUUAGAAUCUAGCAGUAACAGUAACUAGCCAUGGCAACUGUAGUCAUGCUACGCUAAUAAACCUACAUCUAAAUAGUUGAAGACAAUACAUUUCCAAAGCAAUAAUAAUUAAACAAAUAGUGCAAAUCACUACCUAAAACU